AUGAGACUUUCUUCCGAAUCGCCUACAGUUGUCGCUUCAGACUCUUCACUCAUUCACCGCAACACCGCCCCCGCAUCUUCAGCCCCGUCGACCAUGCAUCUCACAUUCCCCGGCGUAGCUUCCAUGUUCGUCAAAAUGCGCCGAGCUUCCUCGCAGGCGAAAGUAAACGCCCAAGGAAAGCCGAAUCACAUCGAGUCUUGCUCCGGGCUGGAGCCCGUCACGGAUCCGUCGCUCUCCGGAGAAAACGCGACGCUGUCGAGGAAGCUGCCGAUGACGCAAACGGACGUGUACACUUGCAUUGGCGGCGUGAAUAUCCUGGUUUUGCUUCGGGCAACGAGGUCGGCGUUGAUGGAGCGGGCGGAGACUUUGGGUGCCAACGUGCUCGUCGAUGAAUCGUGGAAGUGCACAAUCUGCAAAAACCGUUCGAAUGGGACGUACAAGGUCAAUAUUCGGUACCAAGCAAGCGCAACACGCUCCACGAUUCCAGACCCCCACAAACCCGUCGCGCUCGACAACGCCAAGGGCGUACCGGGGUUGAUGACCAUCAUCAAACGCAACGAUUAG